GUAACCGCCCUAGCUGCAAUUCCACCUGCACCGGAAGUAGUACCGCUAUGGUGCAAUCCUUUUUUCGUGUCGUUUGUCGUCAUGGCGACCAUGGUCACGGUAGCUGUUUUAGCAGUCAACUGGGACAGCGGAGACCAAACUGAUGACGAUAAAGAAGACGAGAACAAGAUGUCUUCCGACUUGAGGAUCUGCCUGAUGAAGGAACAAGGCGCGCCUUCAGCAACGUUCCACCCCCUGGCGAGUUGCGCCGAAAAUGAUCUGUGCAGUAAACAGACCCAAGACUUAGACAAAAGGGUAAAACUCGAAGAAAAGGAAGUUCAAGCAUUAGUUCCUCCUCGUGCGCGGUGUGAGUCCAGAUCACCUCCUGUCAUGGGCACCAAGUCCAUCGCGAAAAUGGCUUCAGGGUCAUAUGAAGAUGCGUCGCCAAUCAAACACGCGGUUAUCCUUUCUAACGCUCUGAGUGCUUGGCGGUCAAUUCCAAUCGUCUUGGACGCUCUUUUUCCAGGCACUGUAGCACCAAACCGCUGUAGAUCAACCAGCGCUGCUUCGAUUACCAGUGACUUGACGAUCCUCACAGCACCACCAUCCGGGAGCUCCAGAAUAUUAUUACCCGCAGGGCAACAAGAGCCUUUGCUACCAAGGGUUAAUGAAGAGGAAGCACUAACUGUCAGUAAACAGCUAGCAGCCAAAUCACUUGCAUCAGUGAAGGGCCCAGAACCAACUCAGCCCAUGGGGAAGGAGAGACAAUUUAAGCCCGAGUACACCAUGGGCUUGCUAGCAGUACUGGCUAGAGUAAAAAGCCGUGUUAACCGCCUGACGUCGUCCAACAGCAGCACCAUUGAUGGAAAUCGACUACUACCAAUGAAGACCGCUGCACUCGGUUUCGCUGAAUUUGGCACUGCCUUGUCGCCUGUUCUGUUGUUCAAUAUCAGAAGAAAAGACCAUGAUGAGAACUCUUUAGACACCGCCCUUCAUGAAUCAACUUUACAGAUGUCCAAAACUGUUUCGGCUGCUAUGUCGACAGCACACGUGAACAUCUUAGCCAACAGCCGCACUGCCACUGUUGCAUCCUUUAAGAACGUGGAGACGGAGUUACAGCAAAAGGAUGCUUCCAGUGACAAUUAUAACAAAAGUAUCAGCAGCAGUAGGGAUAUCGGUGGUCACAUGUUGAGGACCGUGAGUCGUCCAUUGUCGGCGCCAAUGCCAAGACGCUCUACAUCUAUCAGUGACCUUGCACGUGAUUUGCCGACCCCGAGGCAAGCUGCUCACUCAGUAUCACUCCCAGACCUGACCAUGGUGCAAACUCCAGCUCGGUUUUCUAAUGAUGAACAAGCAAAACCAUCUAAGCUGCGACUUGAUGCACCAAAACCUCAAUCGGCGCUGGUGACGUCGACAAAAACCAAGGCAGUAGAGCCACAGUCAGUGAUGGCUUCCAAGCCUUCUUCUGCUUCUGCUUCCCCCAGCAACACCUACAGAACCCAAAACACUGAUCAGGUUAAGUCUGGCUCGUCUAUCCAUGCUCCCACAAGCAAUGAAGACAUAAUCAAGGCAAUGUCUUCUUCUGCUACUUCUCCCAAGACCACUGAGCGCUUUGCUUCCAAACCUGAGGUGAAGGACGCGUGUGCAACUGAAAGUCCUUCACUUCUAACCGCAUAUGACAUCCAAGAAAAAAUAAACAGCCUCUCAAUACAUGCCAAAGAGACACGAACUCAGAAGAGGAGGAGACGUCGAGAAAAGGCUAAGCUUUAUGCCAGCUUGCGAGCUCUGUCGAAUGACACAACGCCCCACGACAGCAAGGCUGAUAAAACGCAGGCUAGCGUCACUGAGAUUGAUGAGGAUGUUACUACCACUGUUGCAUCCUUUAAGAACGUGAAGACGAAGUUACAGCAAAAGGAUGCCUCAAGUGGCAAUGAUAACGAAAGUGUCAAUAGUAUUAGGGAUAUCAUUGGUCACAUGUUGAGGAUCGUGAGUCAUCCAUCGUCGGCGCCAAUGCCAAGACGCUCUACAUCUAUCAGUGACCUUGCACGUGAUUUGCCGACCCCGAAGCAAGCUGCUCAAUCAGUAUCACUCCCAGACCUCACCAUGGUGCAAACUCCAGCUCGGUUUUCUAAUGGUGAACAAGCAAAACCAUCUAAGCUGCGACUUGAUGCACCAAAACCUCAAUCGGCGCUGGUGACGUCGACAAAAACCAAGGCAGUAGAGCCACAGUCAGUGAUGGCUUCCAAGCCUUCUUCUGCUUCUGCUUCCCCCAGCAACACCUACAGAACCCAAAACACUGAUCAGGUUAAGUCUGGCUCGUCUAUCCAUGCUCCCACAAGCAAUAAAGACAGAAUCAAGGCAGUGUCUUCUUCUGCUGUGGCUCCAAAAACAUCUGAGCGUUUUACUACCAAGCCUGGUUCGUCUAUCGAUGCUCCCACAGGCACGAAAGACAGAAUCAAGGCAGUGUCUUCUUCUGUUACAGCUUCCAAGACAUCUGAGCAUUUUGCUACCAAGCCUGGUUCGUCUAUCGAUGCUCCUACAGGCAAUAAACACAGAAUCAAGGCAGUGUCUUCUUCUGUUACAGCUCCAAAGACAUCUGAGCGUUUUGCUACCAAGCCUGGUUCGUCUAUCGAUGCUCCCACAGGCAAGAAAGACAGAAUCAAGGCAGUUUCUUCUUCUGUUACAGCUUCCAAGACCACUGGGCUCUUGGUUCCGUCGGGUUUGUCUUUACAUGCUCUUCCAAGAAACAUAGACAGAACAAGUUCUAGUAAAUCAAUCUCUUCGAAGCGUUCAAGCGACUCAGGCCCUUCAGCAUACACGCUAAGGGUGAUAAGGGAGAACCUCAGGACCAGCAGCCUUUCAGUGACGCCCCCAGAAAGGAGCCUUCAGACGCCUGUACCACCGAAACCAACUAAAGCACAAAAAAGAAAAGCACGCAGGGUGAAGCUGGAGAUGUACCUUAGCAUGAGCUUGAAUACUCAAGGGGUUCAUAGAAGAGGGUCAUCUAAUACACCAAGUGCUGCUAAACGCCCAAUCAAAAUGACUGAAGAUGCAUUCCCGACGAAGGGAACAAGUGGCGGGCGUCAGAAAGCCACGGUUAUUGGUAGAGCAGAUGCAUCGAAGUGUCCCACUGGCUAG